AUUGUGAAGAGGACUGAUCCGUAUGUGACCCUCAGACCCGGAACUACUUUCCCACAGCGCAGGGAUUCCUGUCCGUGUGUUGUCCUUGUGACCUGGACCUAGUUAACGCUACUGGCAGAAGUGUGCGUCGCCGCCUGAUGUGUCUCAUCGUCCCGGCUGCAGCAUGAACCUGACACCGUGUGGGUCGGUGCUCCGGCUCUGUGCCACGGGGCUCAGACCUUGUGCAUCCGCCGCCGCCGGAGCCCUGAGGUUAACCACAGCCACUUGUCUCUCACGAAUCUCCAGUCACUCGCCGCCUGCGCCCUGCAGACGCUCUUACUGCAGCGAAGUCAAGGUGCGCUCCUAUCUUCACUACCUCAAACGCAAGAUCAUACCCCCCCCCUCCCCUCCGUACAUCCACGUGUGCCAGGUUGGGGACCCGGUGCUGCGGUCACAUGCUGCAGCCGUCGACCCUGCCGCCAUAACACAGCCCGAGAUCCAGAAGGUCAUCAGCACCUUGGUGAAAGUGAUGCGCAAACUUGAAUGUGUGGGACUCAGUGCGCCUCAGAUCGGGGUGCCGCUGCGGAUCUUGGCUCUGGAAUAUCCCGAGGGGAUGUUGGAGGAGAGUUCUGCUGCGUCGAGGGAGGCCCGCGGUCUGUCCGCCCAGCCGCUGAGGGUGUUUGUCAACCCUCAGCUGAGGGUGCUGGACGGACGGACGGUGCUCUUUCAGGAAGCCUGCGAGAGCAUCUCAGGAUUCUCCGCCACAGUUCCUCGCUACCUGUCUGUGGAAGUGUCGGGUCUGAAUGAAAAGUGUGAAGCGGUCACGUGGCAGGCGAGCGGCUGGCCGGCUCGUAUCCUCCAACACGAGAUGGACCACCUGGACGGGGUCCUCUACACCGACCGCAUGGACAGCAAGUCUUUCAUCAACAUCAACUGGCAGAAGCACAAUGAAUAGAAAACAAUCCACAGGACGGACCUCAGUCAUCUGUGAAACCAAUGAUGCAGUUGUGAAUUGAAGUUAACCUCUGAGAACUGGGUCACUGGACGUGUUGUUUUCAACUAGAAGCUAAAAGGGAGGAAACUAAAACGUUGAUGUCACUUUAAAGUACAAAGUUCUGUGGAUGAAUAAAGAGGCUGAAAUGUU